CGACGACAACUCUGUCUCUGUUUCCAUGGAAACGUGAUUGGAGUGGAAAUGGCGUCGAAUGCGAGUCAAGACUCUUCACAACAAUCGACGUCUGAGCGCGAGAUGAAGAGUCAGAGCGGAGAGAAGCCGCUGUUCCACUGCCAGGAGGUGGGAGACACCAAAUUCGUCAUCUUGAAGCGCUACCAGAACCUCAAGGCCAUCGGCAGCGGCGCGCAGGGCAUCGUCUGCGCGGCGUUCGACGCGAAGCUCGGGGCGAAUGUGGCCAUCAAGAAGCUGUCGCGGCCCUUCCAGAACGUGACGCACGCCAAGCGCGCGUAUCGCGAGUUCAAACUCAUGCAAACCGUGGACCACAAGAACAUCAUCGGACUGUUGAACGCAUUCACGCCGCAGAAGUCUCUGGAGGACUUCCAGGACGUCUACCUGGUGAUGGAGUUGAUGGACGCGAACCUCUGCCAAGUGAUCCAGAUGGACCUCGAUCACGAGCGCAUGUCCUACCUAUUGUAUCAGAUGCUGUGCGGCAUCAAGCACCUGCACGCGGCCGCCGUCAUCCACCGGGACCUGAAGCCGUCGAACAUUGUGGUGAAGAGCGACUGCACGCUCAAGAUCCUGGACUUUGGUUUGGCGCGCACGGCCGGCACCACCUUCAUGAUGACGCCGUACGUGGUGACGCGCUACUACCGCGCGCCCGAGGUCAUAUUGGGCAUGGGCUACCACGAGAACGUGGACAUCUGGUCAGUGGGCUGCAUCAUGGGCGAGAUGAUCCGAGGCGCGGUGCUGUUCCCGGGCACGGACCACAUCGACCAGUGGAACAAGAUCAUCGAGCAGUUGGGAACGCCCUCUACCGACUUCAUGCGGCGGCUGCAGCCCACGUGGAACAAGAUCAUCGAGCAGUUGGGAACGCCCUCUACCGACUUCAUGCGGCGGCUGCAGCCAACAGUGCGCAAUUACGUGGAGAACCGGCCGCGCUACUCGGGAUACGCCUUCGAGAAGCUCUUCCCCGACCUCUUAUUCCCGGCCGACAGUUCCGAACACAACAAGCUGAAGGCGAGCCAAGCGCGGGACCUGUUGUCGCGCAUGCUCGUCAUCGACCCCGAGCGCCGCAUCUCGGUGGACGACGCGCUGACGCAUGCGUACAUCAACGUGUGGUACGACGACGCCGAGGUGAACGCGCCGGCGCCCCUCCCCUACGACCACUCGGUGGACGAGCGCGAGCACACCGUCGACCAGUGGAAGGAACUGAUUUAUAACGAAGUGAUCGAAUACGAGAAGCAGAAGAAGGAGAAGUUGGCGCCGCUCGUCGUCACGUGAUCGCU